AUGACACAAUCUACUUCACAAAAUUUACAUGUAACAAAUAUGACAAAUGAUGAACUUGAACUAUUGAAAAGACUUGAGGAAGAGAAUAGACGUAUCGAAUAUGAUUUAAAAUCACCUGCAAAUGCGCCGCAAAAUAAUAUUGUAAACACACGAUCACCUGAAUUACAUCAUAAGCAAAUACGACAAGAUUCAAUUUCAAGUGAUGCGAGCAAUUUAACGGUCGAUAAUGAUGGUAAUCUUGAAAAUGAAUGGAAUACUUGGAAUAGAAUAAUUAAUAAUUGGACAAUAUAUAUGAAAAAAAAACCACAAUGGAUUAAAGAUACAAUUCGAGCCGGUGUUCCAGUUCAUUUUCGUCCAUUACUUUGGCAAUGUUUAGCUAAAGUUGAUUCAUCAAAUGCUAAACAAAAAUAUGCUGAUUAUAUGAAAAUGACAUCACCAUGUGAAAAAGUUAUUCGAAGAGAUAUUUCACGAACAUAUCCCGAACAUGAACUUUUCAAAGAAAAACAUGGUAUUGGUCAAGAAAGAUUAUUCAAUGUGAUUAAGGCUUACUCAUUAUAUGAUCGUGAAGUUGGUUAUUGUCAAGGGAUUGGAUUUAUUGUUGGACUUUUACUUAUGCAUAUGCCUGAAGAAGAAGCAUUUGCUGUACUUGUAUCUAUAUUACACGAUUUUGGAAUGCGUGAUAUGUAUAAACCAGAUAUGUUUUAUUUGGGAUUAUGUAUAUAUCAAUUUGAAUGUAUGGUUCAAGAAUUUUUACCAGAUCUUAAUCGACAUUUUCAACAAGAAAGUUUUAAUACAUCAAUGUAUGCAUCCAGUUGGUUUUUAACAUUAUUUACAAAUCAAUUUCCAUUUACUGUUGCUUGUCGUACGAUGGAUAUGUUUUUAAGUGAAGGUAUAGAGAUUAUUUUUCGUAUGGGUAUUGCACUACUUGAUAUUCAUCAAGAUGAAUUAAUGCUUUUAUCAAUGGAAGAUAUGCUAAAAUAUUUUCAAAAAGAUGUACCUAUCAAGCAUGAAAAUGAUCAUGAAUCUUUAUUUCAACGUGCUUUUUCUGUGCAAUACAAUGGAAAAAAAAUGAAAAAAUUAGAAAAAGAAUAUACCGUUAUUCGUAAAGAAGAGCAAGAAGAACAAAUUGAAAUACGUAGAUUAAGAAAUGAAAAUCGUUUAUUAAAACAACGAGUUGACAAUUUAGAAAAAGAAAGUGCAACAUUAGCAAAUCGUUUAAUUGAAGGUCAGGUAUCAAAUGCACAAUAUGCGGAAGAAUCAUAUCAAUUAAAACGUGAAAAUUGUACUUUAAAAAAACAAGUCGAUGAAAAAAUUAGUCAGAAUAGUAAUAAGAUUAUACCACAGAACAAUAUUCAAAAUUCAUCAGAUUCCACUGUAACAUCAAAUGAUGAAGAAUUAGAAGCUCUACGUGGUACAAUCGAUAAAUUAACUAUAGAUAAUCGUAAUUUACAAUCUACUCCACAUAUUGAAAUAGCUUCUCUACAAGAAGAAUUAACUCUUGUUAAAAUGCGUGAUGCUGAAGCUCAAGUUAAUAUGAAUGAACUUCGUCAACGUAUAGCUGAUCUUAAUCGUGAAUGGCAAUUACAUGAUAGUACAUGUAAAACAAUUCGUGAAACAAAUCAUAUAAAUGAUCCUAAUCCAAAUAAUGAUGCAUAUGAUUUAAUUGCUCAUGAAUUAUUAUCUCUUAAAAUGCGUGAAGCUCAAACAGAUUGUGAUAAUAAACUUCUUCAACAACAAGUAAUGGAUAUUGACACACAAAGACAAGUUUUAUAUAAUCAAAUAAAACGACAAGAUGAUGAAAUUCAACGUAUUCGUGUUGAAUUCGAAGAAUCUCGAGUACGUGAAAAUGAAUUACGUUCACAAUUACAUGAAAUGAAACAUCAAAUGUACGAUGGAGAAUUACGACAAAAAGAAGAUUCAAUGAUGUUACGUAUUCGAGAAGCUGAAAGUACUCAGACAAUAGGUGAUUUACGUCAAAGAAUAGCUGAAUUAGAAAUUCAAAAUCAAGAAUUAAUAACACGUGAUCAAAUAAUGGAUGAUAAAGAUCUUGAAGAUAAACUUCUUGAACUACAAGAUGAGGUAAGACGUAUACGUCUUACACGUAGUACUUCAUUACCUUUAAAACGUGCAAGUUUAUUGUGUUCGAGUAUAUCAUGGGCGAAAAGUGAUACUAUUGAUGAAGAUGAACACUUAGUGAUACGUCUUCGUUUGUUGCAGACUCUACACCGUAAACACUCCACAGCAACAGAACUUAAUCGUACAGACUAUGAAGAAAGUGACGAUGAAAGUCUAACGUCUCCUUUAUCAUCAUCAUCAGCAACUAAUCGUUUAAGUUCAUCAUCUAUUAUUCUUUCUCCCAGUUCAUUUAUUUCACCUAAUCAUCGUCUUCGUCAAUCGACACCUUCGUUAUUUCCUACAAUCUCAUCUUCACUACCAUCAACAUCAUCGGCUAGUUAA